AUGCAAAUAUCGAUCACAAAAAUAAAAUCAAUGGUCAUAAGCAAAGAACCAGAACGAUGCAAACUUGUCAUUGCAGACCAACCUAUAGAACAAGUUAUGUCGUUCAGUUAUCUUGGCGUGGAGAUAUCCUCGAACCAAGAUAGAAAACACGAGGUUCGUAAACAGGCAGAUAAAGCAUGCAGGGUUGUCGGUGCACUUCGCGACGUCAUAUUAAACAACAAACAUAUGAGUAAACAUUCGAAAGCCAUGAUCUACAAAACUUGUGUUCGACCCAUCAUGACGUACGGCAUAGAAACUCGAGCAGAUAACAAGAGGACAAAAUCCAUCCUAAGAACGACGGAAAAGAAGAUACUGAGAACCAUAUGUGUGUACCCACAUAUGGCUGAGAGAUAG